GUCCAAAAUAGCUACGACAACCGCGUAAAAACCGACAAAGAGAGGGACCAUGGCGUCAGCAAGUAACGAGUGGGCGGCACCGCCCUCGUUAGACAACGCUGACGUGGAGGCCAUCGACCGAUUCGACGAAGGCGAGAACGAUGACGACAACAGUGACGAAAGCGACGACGAAGAGCCAGAAGGGGAUGAUGAACAAACCAUCGUGGACGCGGGGAGGCACAAACGCAUGCAACGCAUCCAAAAGGUGUUGUAUGACCAGUUGGUCGGCAACGACACGCAAAUCGCCCUCGAAUUGCGAGAAAAAGAGGAGGAAUUGCGGCGGGCCAAAACCAAACGCGAAGAUUUGGGCGUCGAGCUGUACGGGGUGCAGCAGCAGCUGGCGCAGCUCCAGAUGGCCCUCGAAGGCGCGCACAACAAGCUGAACGACACCCAUGAAAACCGAUUCAAGGCUGAGGACAACUUGGACGAGGUCAAGGACGAGUUCAAGAAGAAGAAAGCUGUGGUGGAAAAGAGCAAAGUGCAGAUGCACAAGGCCCAAGUGGAGCUGGACGCGCUCAACCAAACGCUGCGCCAAGUGGAAGCGUACAACGACGAGAUGAAGUCGGAGAUCGCGCGGAGCCAGCGCGCGGCACACAAGGCCGAGGAAACCGUGACAAACCUGGAAAAGCAAAAGAAAAAGCAAGACUUGUACAUUGACAAGCUCACGGAAGAAGUCAAGUCGCUCAAGGAGAACAUUCAACUGUACGGCGCGCAACUAAAAGUGCAGGCGCAGGAGACCGAAGCGGCGGAUGAAACGCUGAAAGAAGCUGCCAAGCAGAUGGAAGCGACCGCGUUCGAGAAGAAGCAGCUCAUGCAGCAAUGGAAAAGCUCGUUGAUUGGCAUGCAACAACGGGACCAGGCGCUGUUGGCUACCCAAACGGCCAUCAACGCCGUCAACGAACAAGAGCUGGCCGUGGUGUCUGAAAUUCGUGGCUACAAAACGUCGAUUCAAAAGGCCCAGACCGUGAGCGAGACGUUGACGGGGACGAUCGAUCGAUUUGAUUCCGAGAAUCGAUUCGUGGAGGAACAGCUCGGCGCGAUCCAGCAGGACAUGGACAAGUUGUCGGAGCGGUACGACAUGCUCCAGAAAAGCCUCAAGCAAACCGACGCGCAAGUGGACAAAGUCUCGCAGGACGCGAAAAGGCUCGACGGGGACACGGCGAGUGUGACGCAAAACUUGGAAACGGUGCAAAAGGAGCGGCAUGCGUUGGAAGAUGCGAUCCAGGCGCAGAAGAACACGCAGACGACAAUGAACAAAGCCGCCAACAACCUCGUGAAAGAGACCCAGAAAAUCCAAACCACAAUCCACGAAAAGGAAAUCUUGUAUGCCAACAUCAAGAACGAAAUGGCGCGCGUGAACGUCGACAUAUUAAACGUCCAAGCGCACACGUCGCAGCUCAAGGACACCCACGACAAGCUUGUGACCGACCUCAAGACCAAAGACUUGGCGGUCGAGCAGAGUGAGCUCGAGAUUCGCCAACGCAACGACGAGAUUGAGAAAAAGAUGCUUCGCCUGGACAGACUCAACAAAAAAUACGAGCAGCUCGUGUCCAACAUGGUGGACGAGAAUACGGGUCCGUUGGAAGCAACGAUAAAAAAUAUCAAGAAAGAAACCUUGCAAAAGAAGAAAGAGAACGUUGACAAGCAGCGCGAGUGGCUUCAAAUACAGACGUCACUCGUGCACUUGACGGCCGAAAGCGAAGAAAUUGGUGAAAAAAACCAAGUGCUCAAGAGCAAAACGAGCAUUUUGGAGCAAAAGCAGCUGCGCCUCGUGAACGAGUUCAACAACUUUAAGACCGAAGUCAAGGAACUCAAGGCGGGCAUCGCAACCAUGCACAUUGACACGGUCAAGCUGAAUGAACUCAUUUCUCGCCACCGCGACAAGCAGGAAGCCCUUACGAACGUCAACUACAGCUUGGAGCUGGAGUUCAAGCGCGAAUUGAAGGAGCUCGAGGCAGAAUCCAUCAGUAUGGAAGCGCAAGCCAAUUCAAUCAAACAGGAAAAGCAAAUGCUGUUGGACCAGAUCAUUGAAGUGGAGCGUCAAAUCAUGUUGUGGGAGAAGAAAAUUCAAAUCGAGAAGGAAACCCAGGCAGCGUUGGACCCCGAGGUCGGCCAGGCUGAGGCGAAGAACAUGGAGCGCGAGAUUCACCGGAUGCGGCUGCGGCUGGAAGCGCUUGAGCGCGACCAGGAGCGGAUGAUCUUUGAAAUGGAACGCGCGAUUCACAAGCGCGAUGCGAUUGCGAUGCGGGGCCGCGGCAAGAAAGAGUCGGACAUGACCCAGGCGUCGCUUCUGAGCAAGGUUGCCACUUUGCAAAACAAAGCGCGCCAAGCGGCAAAAGAAACCGCAGCGCUUGAAAAAGCGAUCAAGCAAAAAAGCAUCCAGAGCGAAGACAUUUCGUUCCAGAUGGACAAGAUCAGCCAGGACUUGAAGACACAGGAAGACCGCGCGGCGACGCUCCAGCGAUCAAUCAACCACGCGUUGUACGAGAAGCAACGAUGCAUCGACACGGAGGCGCGCAAGCAGCGCAUGCUCAAGAAAUGGGAGCAGAUUUGCCAAGGGAAGGGCUUCGACCCGACCGACGAAGACAGAAUUCACGCGGACAAGGACAAGGCCAUGACCGACACGCAGAAAAUCCGAGACAUGAUUGACACGUUGCAACAGCAGCACCCCCAUUUGAAGGAAGUGCUCACGCGGGUCGCCAUGCUGUCGGAAGCGCAGUAGGAAAGCAAAUAUGGAUAAGAAUGUCCAUCUAUUUGUGUGGACGGUGUAAACGCAGACUUAUUCACGAGCGUGUUUGUGCGGU